GAGCCAGACGCCGCUCCCCUCUGGUCACCUCGUGCCCGCGGACGAGCGCCCUCGACGAUCGCGCACGCGCACACACGCACGCACUGCCCCGGGCGCAACUUGUCAGUCUGUGGCUUGAGCGACGGGCGUCUCGCGUCGAGAUGAGGAUGCUGGCGCUGCUGUGGGCGGCGACGGCGCUGAGCCUGGCGCCGGGGGCGCUGGCCGUGCCCGGCGAGCGCUCGGCCGUCAUGGGCGACCUGUACUGGUGCUCGACGCUGUGCAUGUGCCGCACGGGCACGCAGAUGCAGCUGCAGUGCUUCGACCGCAGCCAGAUCUACUCGCUGCUGAUGAUCAGCGAGCACUACGCCUCCAAGCUGACGCGCAGCAACUGGCUGCUGGAGGAGCGCGUGCACUGGUGCAACGACCUGUGCCUCUGCCACACCGGCAGCAACAAGGAGUUCCAGUGCGUGGACGAGAGCAAGCUCGAGGAGUUCAUCGGCGAGGCGGUGGACGGGUCCCUCCUGUACAGCGCGCGGCCGCAGGAGGAGGCGGCGGAGGACGAGGCGGCGCCGCAGGAGGAGGCCGAGGCGGAGCACAGGAGGAGGUCGGAGGAGCGCAAGAGGAAGAGGCAGAGGAAGAACAAGAAGCGCGUCAGGGAGGACGAGGACGAGGAGGAGGCCCUCGAGGACACCGCGGCGUCCGCGCACACGUCCAGCCCGCCUCAUGAGGACGCCCCCGCCGCCCACACCACCACGCCCGUGCCCGCGGCCGCCCAGCCCUCGCCCGCAGAGCCCGAGGGCGACGCCGAGCUGCUGCCCAAGCAGGAGGCCGUCGCCGCCAGCCCCGCUGUGACCGCCAUGCAGCCGCCCCGCGCGCCGCCAGCCGUACACGCCCACGCCGCCCGCCACCCACGCCUCGCACGCCUCCACGCGGAGGGCGGCAGCCCCGCCCCGGAGGUGUCGGCCGUGAGGGAGGUGCCCGUCGAGCGCAAGACGGUGGCGCUGGAGGUGUCGCAGGACCUGGACGAGCUGGGCAGCGCCGUCCUGCAGAUCAGGAGCGACGUGGUGCUCAACCAGCGCAUCCUGCUCGUCACCGUCGCCGUCGCCGGCAUCGCCAUGCUCGGGUAA